AGAAAUGUCACUUCAGUUUAUAUCAGUUCACUGUUUGCAUGUGAAUAUUCCACAAGUUGUUCAACAAAAACAAAUUUCAAAUUAUGAGCAGUUCAAGUGAUUUUUAUUGGAAAACGGUGAACGAAAUGUUACGUAAAGAUCAAAUUGAUUUUAAUCAACCAAUAUCGACGUCAAGUGAAAAAUUGCCGGUACUAAGGUUAACAUUUAAAGAUUCCGAGUGUUUGAAUGAACGUGUACAAUUUGCAUUGAAAAAUUUCAAAGAGAUUGCCCGGCUGGAAUAUGAGUUAAACAAGGCACAACCAGAAAAAAUUACAUUAAAACAUUUAAAAUGGGCACAAAUUUUCAUUGAGUCAGCUAAGGAGGCUUUAAAGAAAGAGAAUAUAUUACCAAUUUUGAAUGCCCAAAGCGAUGUAUCAGUUGGAGAAUUUUUAUUGGAAUGUCAUUUAUUGGCACAACAAAAUUCAACUGGUGGAUUUUCAAUUCAAACUGAUGCCAAACGAAAAGAAUUAGUUUCAUAUUUGCUUGGUAAAAAUUUCACUGAAGAACUUUCUACGUUGACUCCAACCCCAUCAACAUUCGCAGAAAGCUCGCAAAUCAUUUUUGAUUCAGCAGAUGUGACAUCUGCUAUUGAUGCGUUGAUUUCGAAUCUUUCGGAUCGAACCCGGUCACCGUGGCGUAUUGGAUCGGUCUAUGUUCAAGAAUCGCUUCGAAAUAAGAUGUUAGAUUUAUUGACUGAAGAACGCUUGAACGCAGCAACAAAUGGUACAAAUGAAAGAAAACAACCGAAUGGAGAAGAUUUGGCCAAGAAAUUUGGCGGAAAAUUGAUUUGUAAUAAAAAUGGAACCAUUUGUCUAUUGAUCGAUGUUCCGCCGAAAUAUAUUCAAUUUACCGACACACCAUUCAACCAAAUUCCAAUCCCAGUCAAUUUUUUCCGUACAACCAAAGAAGCCAUUCAGCUGGUAAAAUCAACGGCCGCAUCAAUAUGGACAGAAAAUAUUGAAAUUUUCUACGAAGUGGCAACUGAACUCAACGCCACAAUCGUUUGGAGCAAUGCUCUUGGUAUGUUUGAUAAAAUUAUGCCAUCACUCAAUAUCAGGUUGGACUCGAAGCAAUCCAUGAAAAGUGCGUCAUCAGUAAUAAACGCCAAGGAAAAGUACGUUGUUCAUGUGUUGGAUGCUACAAAUAAUACUCAAAAAUAUCUUUAUAUUUCAUACGGGAAAACAUUUGCAAAUUAAUCCUGAUAUUUUUUUCCAAUUGUUGAAAUAAAUAGAAAUUGAAACUGAAA